GUUAAAAGUGAAAAUAAUCAUUACGUAUAAAGUGUUGAGUUUUUCUUAAAGAAAGAAAAAAAAAAACGGAAGAAAGCAAUUAAAAAAGAUAACUUUACUGCUUUGUCCAAAAUGUCUGAAAACCAUCAAUCAGCGCAGGAGCUAGGGCCGCCGAAAGCAGAUUUUAGUGCACCGCCACCUUAUGAGCUAACAAAUAGCUCAGCUUUGACACCACCAACACAGCCGCUACCUUUACCAAUAGCACAACAACAACAACACCAACAGCAGCAACAGCAACAACAACAUCUUCAUUUAGCACAAAAUGAGACACAACAAUUGUCACAGGAUAUCAAUUUACUAACACAACAACAGCAAUUUCAACAGGAUGUGCCACAAAUUCAUCACAGCAAAUUGCCUACCUACGAGGAGGUACAAAUGGAGAAAUCACUAAACGGUGAAUUACCACCAGCAUUCUUGACUACGCACACAUUACAUCAACCGCCGCCACCACCAAAUCCACUAUUGCCCAAUAUACGUGAUGGUACUACCGCUGGCGGUGCGCCACCAGCACUUACUUUCAUUGCAAUCGAUGCGUCAGAUGCUGAGAACUUGACUAACUCUGAUAACAGCUUACUUGGCACCGACAUCAUGUUCAUCACAGCUUUUAUGGUGGCUUUUCUCUUCAACUGGGUUGGUUUCUUGAUGCUUACAUGUUUCUGUCACACAAUUGCUGCACGUUAUGGUGCUCUAUCUGGUUUCGGUUUGUCUUUGGCAAAGUGGACUCUUAUUGUAAAGAACUCAACUGAUUUGGCUUCGCAUGAGAACUCCUGGCUAUGGUGGCUUAUUAUGGUAUUUGGUCUGUUGAUCUGUGUUCGCGCAUUGAUACAAUAUGUCAGUAUUAAACGCACUUGGCGCUUGCUGUCCACUUCGGCACAGGAGCGUUUGCUCUUCUUCUAUUAAAUAAUCCUUUUUAACAAUUUUGGUGCAAUGAAGCAGAAAUAAUUAUUUAUUUAUUUAUUUAAUAUAUUAAUGUUUAUUGCAAAAAACAAAAAAUAUUUGUGAGAACUAAAGCUGGUAAAUACUAUGUAAAAUAUAUUGGAACCGAACUGUAUGGACACGUGGACGUAGUUGCAGUUCAUCGUUGCAGUGGCGAAACUUAGUCUGAUUUUCACACAUAUCCGUAUCUUAACCAGCUUUAGACGUAUAUUUUUUCUUGGUAUUUCUGAGCACUUGUUUAAUUUUUGUAAAUAAAAUAAAAAAAAUCACUAUUUGGCCAUAAUCAAUAUGUUGUGAAAUUGAUUGAGUAUAAA